AUGGCAGAUCAAGAAUUUCUUCCUCUCGACUUCAAUUCAGUUCAAACCGUCCCUGAAUCUCACUUGUGGCCGGACUCCGAUGAGUUAUCGUCGGUCAUCGACUUGGACGAAAAGAUUUCGCUUCCAUCGAUUGAUCUUCUCGACGAUGGGGCAUCGGAGCUCCUAGGGAGGGCCUGUGAGCAAUGGGGAAUGUUUCAGUUGACUAACCAUGGUAUCUCCAAAACUCUAAUAGCUGAGACGGAGGAGGAGGCUCGACGUCUGUUCACUCUACCGGUGAAAGAGAAGAUGAAGACAUUACGGUCUGCUGACCGUGUCACUGGCUACGGCACGGCCGUAAUAUCGAAGUAUCAUCCGAAAUGUAUGUGGCAUGAAGGAUUCACCAUCUUGGGUUCUCCUGCCGAUGAUGCUAAGAAGCUUUGGCCAUCUGACUCUAAACGGUUUUGUGAUGUAAUGGAAGAGUAUCAAAGCGAAAUGAAGCGCUUAUCAGAUAGGUUAAUAAAGUUAAUCUUCAAGUUUCUUGACAUCUCUGUGGAAGAGACAAUGAAGCUGUUGUCUUCAAUGGACGACUCGGGUAAGUCCUACACCGCCCUCCAACUGAACUCGUAUCCACCGUGCCCUGAUCCAGACCAGGUCAUGGGCCUUGCCGCCCACACCGACACCUCCCUCUUCACCAUCGUUCACCAGGCAUGCAAUGAUGGCCUCCAAAUCUUCAAAGACAAAGCAGGCUGGGUUCCAUUGUCUCCGAUGAGAGGUUCUUUCGUUGUCAACGUUGGCGAUCUUCUCCACAUUAUGUCGAAUGGGCGGUUUCGGAGCAUUCUUCAUCGGGUUACGAUACAAGGAAAGAAGGUGCAUAGAUUUUCAUUGGCAUAUUUCUAUUAUCCACCGCCUUAUUUAUAUAUUUCACCUCAUUGCAAGCCAUUGAGUGAAUCACCACAAACUCCGCUCUAUCGCUGUGUGAGUGUGAAAGAAUAUUUCACCAUGAAGGCCAAAAACAAUGGGGAGGGACUUUCUACCGUCAAAAUAUGAUCACUCAAACCCCUUUUGUCUUCAUUUUCAAAAGGGUUUCCAAAUAAUAUGUUACAUUUAUAAGGGUUUGUUUUUAAUUUAUCCUCAAGUUUGAUGAUCACACAGCUAUGUAAUAGUUUGGAAACCUAGCUUUACGAUUUGAUUUGCAAAUUCUAUCAAAGGAAUCGAUAACGGAAAGAAAAAAUCGAGCAUCUUACAACAUAGCAUUAGUAUUUGAGAGAUUAUUCUCGAGCUAAGAAAUCUCCAUAUAAGUUUGUUGAGAUAUCUA